CUAGGGGCGGACCGCUUCGGUGAACCCAUCGGCGAGCGGGCACGAUGCCGCGAAGUCAAUCUCGGGUGUUUGAGGAUGGGGGGGAGGACGAGAAUAUGAAGGCGCAGAAGAAGUGCUGCGUGUACAAGUACAUCCGCGUGGGACAGAGUGUCGGCGAGAGAUUCCGCGGCAAUCGCAUGUUGAAGUGCUUUUGCUGCAGCCAUGAUUUCCAGGGCAACCAGUUGGUGGCAGCGCGCCAUUUCCGCCAGGGCAAGGGAUGUCCGGAAGUGACAGACGAGGCACUUGUCGACAUCCACUAUAACAACGAGUACAAGAUGUCCGAGAAGUUCCUAGAGCGGAUACAGCGAUUUGAGGAGCUUCACUGUGCGGCGCCUGCAGUGGAUCCGCAAUGGGACGAGGGGGGGGAGGGAGAGAUGAGGGACCCGGGGGAGCAGAUCAAUGUGGACGACGACGACGAGGAGGUUGCACGGGCGGGGUCGUCAAGGAGGGAGCGAGGGAAGGGCGUUGUCAGCGAGCCGGGGGGGGCAGCAGGGCCAGUACUUUGCAUGGAGUUCAAGAAGAAGUGGCUGCGGUUUGUGUACAGUCAGCGCCUGGCGUUCAACGUCUUCCGGAGCGAGCCAUGGUUGGACGUCGUCCGACACUUCAGGGACUUGCCGGGGCCAGUGAAGGUGUUGUGGCCUUCAGAGAAUGAGAUCGCGGACAUAGAGACCAUUGUCCACACGGCGGACGAUGUGGGAGCUGAUCUCGCGGAGGUCAGGGCUCCUUUCUAUGUCACGGGGGCCACCAUUAUGUCAGACGGAAGGAAGUCAUGCGAUGCUAGACCCAUCGUUAACUUCCUUGCCGGCGGGUCGCGUGGGGUGAUGCUCAUCCGGACGAUGAACAGGGAGGGUGAGCGGGAUCGGGUGCCUGAUGUGUUGGCGCGGUGGAUCAAGGUGUUCGAUGACUUCCCCCCUAAGUGGGUGAACGCCAUCUGCAUUGACUCCGCCUCGGCCGCCUCGGCGUACGUCGCCGCGGCGAACAUGCUCCAGGGGCCCCAACAGAGGCCGGAGCAUCGACGGAUCACGUGGCUCCCAUGCGCAGUGCAUGUCUGCAACAAGAUGUUGUCAGACAUUGGCUGUUCGGGCCUGUGGUUUAAGGACAUCAUCGUGAGGGGGAGAGCGGUGGUGCGCUUCAUGAAGGAGCACGGCGCCGCUCUCCAUAUCUUCCGGGGGGAGAGCAGUCAGAUGGGCCUCAUCUAUCCUUGCGAGACAUGUUUCGCAUCCGUGUUCGCGAUGGUGGAGCGUUUGCUGGCAGUGAGGUCAGCUUUGGAGAGGACGGUGGAUGGCGAUAGUUGGGGUAUGGUCCCUUGGGACCAUUCAGUUCGUCAUUUGGCUAGGUGGGUCAGGUGGCAGGUGCGACAUGGCAGUUGGUGGGAUUCCAUGGGCAUCUUGCUCCGUGUCAUGGAGCCUGUGUACGACCUGCUGCGCAGGUUGUACCGCGGAGGGCUACACAUGUCGCGGGUGGUUGAGUGGACGCAGGAUCUGGCCCGCCAGGUGGGAGAGGAGGUUUGUGCACUUCCGCCAGAUCUUGCACACUACAUUGUGCAGAGGGUGCAGUCUCGAUGCGCUCUCAUGCUGGAGUCGGCGCACGCCGCUGCUCACCUCCUCUGUCCCAGCCGGCGAGACUUGCGGUACUUCGAGGGCGUGGUCAGCGACUACGAUGCGAGCUUGGUGAGGGAGGCGGAAACUUACAUCUUGUCGCAGACAGGGUUCAGUGUGGCGAGCCGCGACUACGAGACCGCAUGUGCACAGUUGCGCGACUUCCACACACGGAGGGGGACGAUUGCUUGGGGGGGGGAGAGACGGAGACAGAGAUGCACAGAGGUGCAGGGGCGAUGCGGAGACGUACGAGUCCGGGUGUUGGUGGUCGAGACCAAGAAGCGUAACCGACUUGAGUUCGAGAAGGUCACGAAGUUGGUUGAGAUCUCAGCCAACGUCCGCCUUCUAUCUCAUCAGCGAGCAGGUCGCGGGUUCGCGCUGCCGUGGACUCUAGAUGAGUCGUUGUUGGACGUGGAGGGAGGUAUCGGGAUUCGCCCCUCGUGGAAGGGGACGGACGAGAGUAGGAUGAGGGAGGAGGUCGAGGAUCAGAGGCGUUCAUGGCUGCGAGACCCAUGUGGGUCCAAAGCUCUUCCGGGUGAUGUGGGCGAUGUUUUCGGGACUCGAGCCGCCACAUUGCACCCGUACCCUCGAGACGACAGUGAUUCCGAGGGUCACGAGGACGAGGACGAGCCGGCGGGCCCCGCUAGCACCACUCCUGCGGCGGAUGAGCGUGAUGAGUGGAGCGACCCAGAGGACGUCCGUAGACGGAGUGGCGGAGAUGACCUUUCCAUUCAGGUUGAUUUGGAGGAGUCUGGGGGUCGUCAUGGGAGCCCUUUAGAGCGUUCGAGGCCUACGUCCACCGUUUCGCUUCCCGCUGAGCGGGAGACAAAUCCUGGGUCUGCACCUUCUAGGGGGGCAGAGUCGAGGAUUGGCCAUCGUCCUCUGGGUCGCUCUGGCACGAUAUCAUCCACCGCUCUUCCCACUUCGACGGAGCAACUUCAUCGACAGCCAGCCAUUGCAGAUCGAUUGCAGAGAUUGGUGAGGGGCCCGAGACAACGAUUGGAGGAUAGAUUGGAGGGCGGUCCUGUGCCGGUGCAGGGUGACGACGGAGACAGACAGGGGUUGGUUGGUGGAGAUGGCGGUGCGCUGGCCGGAGGUGGAGGUGGUGCCGAGGCUGAUGCGGCGGUUGAGGGGAUACCGAUGGGCGGCGGAGGCGGUUUCAGUGAGUUUGGCGAUAUGGGUAUGCCCGCGGGAGAGAGUGUGGGUCUGGCCUUAGGAGAGAAUGACGUAGCAGCAAAUGAUGUAGUAGCAAAUGGCUUGGUAGCAAAUGGACUGCCAGCAGAAGACGUAGCAGAAGAUGACGUGGCAGCAGAUGACAUAGCAGCAAAUGGCUUGGCAGCAAAUGGUGCCGGUAGGGGCAUCUCGAAAAUUUUCCUGCUGGCUUUUAACGGCCAUCCGGCAGUUGCAUGGCUUGAUACAGGCCAGCAAAAGGCGUUAGAGGAUAUCCGCAACAGUCUCCACCAGGAGAGCGGUGCUGUUCCGCAGUUCUUUCAAUCAUGGACGGCGAAGACGGAUGCAUGCAGCUGGGAAGGAGUCGUCUGCAGCGGAACAAACUCCACCAAACCUGGAAGACAGGUCCUGAAAGAGCUUCAUCUGGUGUACCGGAGUUUUGCUGGCGCGAAAGCGCAUCCCCCGACGGGACCUUUGUCCCUGUCCAUCGGAGUUUUACAAGACCUGGAGGUACUCGAGCUGCACAACAUAAAUGUUACGGGUUCGUUGCCGCCUCAGCUCGGACUUAUCAGAGGCCUGCGGAAUCUGACGCUGCAGCAAAUGCAGUUCCUGCACGGGCCCAUCCUGCCCAGCCUUUUUGGGAACUGGGGGCAAAGCCUUGAAAGUCUGGUUCUGUCAGGGACUCUAAUCGGCGGUCCCAUUCCCGACAUCUUUGGGGGUCUGAGCGUGCUGAAGGUGCUUAGAUUACCGUCAAACGGGUUUGUCGGCAAGGUCGGGUUUGGGUGGAACAACGGCGCUGUCGUUGCCGGUGUUGUCGGCGCUGGGCUGCAGAGCUUGCGGGUGUUGGAUUUGGGCGACAACAAGUUUGUCGGGUCCAUCCCUGCUUCGCUGUGGUCACUUUCCUCCCUCGAGGAGCUCUCGUUACGCGGAAACCAACUGUCCGGCGAAAUCCCGGACCUUGGUCCCGGGCAAUCCAUGGACUUGCUCCGGGAUAUUGACCUGUCGAACAACCGAUUGACGGGUCGUUUGCCGCGGCGUAUCGGCGAGCUGCCGAGUCUGCAGCGCUUCAACGUAACCAACAAUUUCUUGGUGGGGUCGCUGCCACCCUCGUACGCACGUGCGACCCUAGCUUUCUUCGCGGAAAACAACAGCCUGUGCGAGACCGUGCCGAGCGCGCUGCCGGCCGCCAGCAACAACAGUGAGACAUCGGCGUGUGAUGUGGAGGUGGAAGCAUUGACCGACCUCCUCGAGGCCGUCGGCUACCCGUUGGUGCUGGUGCAAUCGUGGGCUGGGAACGAUCCCUGUCAGGCUUGGAAAGGUGUGACCUGUGGUGCACUGGACGCCUCCGGAGCGAACAAAAGAGGCGUCACUUCGCUCCAGCUGUCCAAUCUCUCCCUCCAGGGGUACUUGACGCCGUCUCUACGUGGGCUGAGCGCUUUGGAGACUCUAGACCUCAGCUUCAACGGGUUGACCGGAGGAAUUCCGGACGAUCUGGUCGCUCUGAAGGCGCUUCUUGUUGUCGAUCUUCGCUUCAACAACUUGACUGAACCUGCGCCGUCCUUUCCACAGGGAGUCAGCGUUUACCUGCAUGGCAAUCCACUCUGCAGCAACCAGAACGAGACGAACUCCAGUUACUGUAUCCCCAUUGAGCAGCCCGAGUCCGUAUCGUCGACGAAGACGGUGAUUAUGAGCGAUUCGGUCAAGUCCGGCAGAGACAUUGGAGAGCUCGCGGGGAUCGUGGUCGGCAGUUCGUCGUUCCUGAUCACGAUCAUUGUGGCCUUCGGCUGGGCGCUGAAGAAGAGAGCAUUGAUGAAUCGCCGCAGACGGUUCUGGCAGAGGCUGGAGAUGGCGACGCUGAAGGCGGAUGGGGUAAGCGGGGUGCUGACAUCGAACGAGAACAAUAGCGGGUUGUUGAAGUACGUGGGCGACAAAGGGCUGCUAACUGUGUACCCCUGGCAGGAGAUCUUGGUGGCGACCCGCAAUUUCCACAAAGAGACGAUUUUGGGCGAGGGCCCGUCGUCCUGGGUCCACCGGGGAAUGCUGGAAGAUGGGACUGUGGUGGUGAUCAAACGCCUCAAGCACUUUGCGCCCAAUGGCGGUGGAUUGGGGUCUCGCCACUGCCAUCUCGACGACUUCAAAGCGAAAUUGAGAAUGAUCCAACGGUUGAAUCACAAGCAUCUCGUGCCGUUGAUCGGCUACUCGUGCAGCGGCGACAACACGGACAGGGUACUGUUGUAUGAGUACAUGCCAAAGGGUUCGCUAAGCUACCACCUGUUCGGAUCGUACCUGUCCAACACAGUGGUAAGGGACUGGGGAGCCCAGAUAGACCUCACAGCACCGCUGACGUGGAGUCAAAGGCUGGCGAUUGCGCUGGAUGUGGCAAACGGGUUACAGUAUCUGCACAGUCUUCCGCGAGGGGGGUUCGGACAUGGGGCUGUCAACACCCAAAACAUCCUGCUUAACGAGGAACUGCAUGCAAAGAUUGCAGAUUUUGGGCUUGUGCGCCUCAUGGUCCACAACUCUAAGGCCCGGCAGUCCACCAUGAGCUCCCAGUACGCAGCGCUCACAUGUCAGUAUAAUGCGCCUGAAUGUUCCGAUAUCACGACCACGACUCCCAAGUCCGAUGUGUAUAGUUUUGGGAUUAUUCUCCUGGAGCUCAUCAUGGGUGCGAGGGUGUCGGAGAGCCAGCACCGUUUCAGCAAGGAGAUGUUUAGCGGCAGUGCGGGCGUACCACAGUGGCUUGGUCGGUUCUGCGAUUCCAACUUCGAUGCGUCCUUCAUUGCGAGCGUAGCUGAUCCUUCGUUGGGGUUUCAAAGAGGCGUACCGACGCCGUGGUCUGUCUAUGCAGUUGGGGAGCUAGCGCAUCGGUGUCUUUGUCGCGACCCGGCCAAGCGAUGGGACAUGGCCGACAUCUCGGCAAUCAUCGAGCGAAUUCAUAGCGCAAGAAUGGAUGAGCAGAACAUGGCUAUCGACGACAUCAGCAUGUCGAUCGAUGUGCAGUGUUCACUCCUCACCACUCGAACUCCAGUGUCGAUUUCUCAUCAUCGCCGCACCGUCUCUUUCUCCAAUUGGAGCUUCCAGACGGCAUACCGUUCGACGACACCCUGAGGACCUCUCUCGGGACGUAAUUGCAGUCAAAUACGUGCAGAAUCUAGCCGUAAUUUCGGGCAGAUGCAUCUGGGAGAGUGCCAGUGUGAGUACAUUCUGAAUCCGGUUCAGAUGCUCCUGAAAAAGCCACAAACACACACCAAGGGAAGUAGGUCUUUCGUUUGUCCGCACACACGCACACACUCGGUAGUUCUUCCACCGCCCUCCCUCUGGACGCGAUCGAUGUCAUAUGCAUCCAGGUCGAGCCGUGAUUACAGUCAGAUGCCUCUGGGAAGAAAAUGCCAGUGUUGUUAGUAUGCUCCGAGUCCGGUUCUGAUGCUCCUGACAGCCAUAACCACAACCACAGCCCAGUCUCAUACACUCCCACACAUGCACUCGUUUACAGAACUCAACUUUUUUUUGCCGGUCUGCUGCUCCUCCUCUCCCCCCCCCCCCUCUCUCUCUCUCUCUCUCUCUCUCUCUCUCUCUCCCUCACACACACACACACACACACACACACACACACACUCUUGGUAGUUCUUUGACUGACCUCCCUCUGGACGCAAUUGCGGUGAAGUACAUCCAGGUCGAGCCGUAGUUACGGUCACACACGCACACAUGCACUUUACGGAACACAACCUUUUUUUUGGAGGUCUGCUUCUCCAAGCUGUCUUUCCCCGUCCCUCUCUCUCUCGCUCGCUCUCCCAUCCUCCCUCUCCCUCUCUCCUUUUGGGGGCAACGUCCUUGUCCAGUACCACAGCCAACUCCUCCCUUACCCCUUCAUUGAGUAGAGGUGAGUAGAAAAGGACACACGAUCAAACAAGAUCAUUCAUUCAGCAAGGGUAGCAUUGUAAUUUGUAACCAAAUUGAAAUUGAAUGGAAAUUGGAAUUUUUAUUUUUGAUUUUUUGAAAUUUGAAAUUUACCGACUCUCGAAAGAGAAAAAGUCUGUCGAACUGAAUUGAAAAGUUUUCUGGUGCAUCAUCUACACUGCUCCUACUACUAUUCGAUUCACUUUCUCGA